AUGAGCGAAAAUGCGACAAACGCGCCUGUUCCCAGCACAUUCGUGUUUCUCCACGAAGUUGCUACUCUUGCCUCGGGGACAAAGGUGAGAUUUCUGGGAUGUAUCGUACAGUACGACAGUGCCCGAAGUCGGAUCCUCCUCGAGCAUGCAUUUCCCAAGGACAUUAGCCCAGUCCCAAGCAUAUGGGUAGAAAUCACUCUUAUCCUAGAAACAACAGAUUCGACUACACUUGCCAUAGGCACUUGGAUCAAUGUUAUCGGAUAUGUGCAAGCAACGCCGCAGCUGAUCCGGAGGAAGAGUGGGGAGCGCAUCCCACGAGCCGCGCAACUGCAAGCCGUCCUGAUCUGGGAUGCUGGCGCUGUGAGAAUAGGAGAAUAUGAAAAUACACUCAUCGAGCUGAUGCGCACAGAGCCGCAGUUGGCGCCCACUGGCCUUUAA